AUGAUGCCCUCUCAUCUCAGUGAGAGGUUAGGCAUAGCCCCGAGUUCGAUUCUCGGUUUCGGAAUACUUUUGCCAUUUUCACUGAUUACGUCAUCAUGGAGUGCGUUCUCGGCUUGUUGUUCAUCUUCAUUUUGUCAAUUUGACAUCCUUUUGCCAGUAUUCGUCUGGAUGGUCGUUUUGGCUGAUGUUGUACUGGCAUUGUCCGAUGCCUUCGCAGCGACCAACAAACAAAAACGUAGGGUUCGUGCGCUCUUGACAGACAUCUUUGAUGGCAUCCAACACCAAAGAUGCAAUUUACGCACAGCUCUCCGCUAG